AAACGGAGAGAACAGGAGUGGUUUGGUGAAGCCAAGAGAGAGAGGUGCCGAGUUGUAGUAAGAAUACUGGCUUUCCUGCUCGUUUCCCCUCUUAUGAUUCCUCUCAGCGCACCAUACAUUCACACACACACUCGGUGUAGUUGAAUUACAAAAAUGGCCAACAACGAUAUAUUGGCUUGAAACGGUCCAAAACAGACAAACGAACGGAGUAAAAAACUAAUAUUCCUGCCAAAUUUUGGACACGUAAAUGGCAUAAAAGAAACCCAGUUUUAAUAUUUGGUCGGAGCAGCAUUUGGAAUCAAGGCUAAGUACUUUAUAAUAAGCAACAUGUCGCUAUAAUGUGUUGGUGAGUGUGUGGGUGUAUAUUUGUGUAUGUAUAUAUACGUCUGUUGGGCGUGUGUAGUUUAUGUAUUAUGUAUGUAUAUAUAUCCGUGUGUCUGGCGUUUAAAUAUUAACUAGAUUGUGUGUGAGAGUGAGUGUAUAUGUGUGUGUGUGCUGGCAUGCAGUCUCUAUAGUUUCUCUGCACUUGUAUUUACUGUAAACUGUAUGUAUGUAUGUGUAUAUAGAUCGGGCUAUGUAUAUAUAGGUGUGUGUGUGCGUGUACUGUGUAGUAUGAGUAUAAUAUAGUCCGUGAGUGUGUGUGUGUGUGAGAGAGAGAGAGAGCGAGGGUGUGUGUGAGAGUGUGAGUAUAAUAAAGAGUCUGUGUGUGAGUAUGAGAGAUAGGGAGAGUGCAUGAGAAAGAGAUACAGUGAGAGUAUAAUAGAGUGAGAUAGAGAGUAUAUAAUAUAGCCUUUUGUGUGUGAUAGAGAAAGAGUAUAUGUAGAGUGUAUGCGAAAGUGAUAAAAUGAUAGUGUAAUAGUGAGUGAGUGAGCGUGUAGUAUAGACUGUGUAAGAGAUAGAUUGAGAGAGAGAAUAAUAGAGUGUGUGUUUGUGUGUGAGAGAGUGAGAGAGUAAUAAUAGAUUGUGUGUAUGUCGAGUGGCUUUAGGCUCUCUCUCCACUUUUUCUAGCGAUAUUAAGUCAUCGCAGUAGAAGUACGAGUGUGAGUGUGUGUCUCUCUCGUGCGGGGGAAGCUGGGAAACGGUGCCGGCUCUGUAGGAACGAGGUAGCCCGAAACCAACAACAACAAAUAAAAAAACAAAAAAAACAAAAAACAAAAAAAAAAUAACAGGAAGAUAAUCAAAAUGGCGCUGCCGUCGAAGGCUUGGAACACGCACAACUUCAGCGGCUUUAUUAACCGCAUCCAAGGUGCUCUUGGACCCCCUAAACUGGUUGUCGAUAAGAAAACCAUCGAGAAAUCAUGGAAACUGAUGGAUAAAGUGGUAAAACAGUGCCAGCAGCCUCGCAUGAACCUACGCAAUAGCCCACCAUUUAUACUAGACAUUUUACCGGACACUUAUCAACAUCUGAAGCUGGUCUGUUCCAAGUACGACGAUAAACUACACACACUGAACGAGUGCGAAUAUUUCCGCAUCUUCAUCGAGAACCUAAUGAACAAAUGUAAGGCUACCAUCAACCUAUUUAAAGAUGGUAAAGAGAAAAUGUUCGACGAGCAGUCGUACUACAGGCGAAACCUUACCAAACUGUCUCUGGUCUUCUCUCACAUGCUGGCAGAGUUAAAGGCCAUUUAUCCAAACGGCAGUUUCGCUGGAGACAAUUUCCGCAUCACCAAAAGUGAUGCCUCAGACUGGUGGAAGCGGUCAUUCGAAGAUAAAACCAUUAUUCCAUGGAAAUUAUUUCGAGUAACGCUGCAUGAAACCCACUCCAUCGGUUCUCCACUGGAAGCAAUGGCGCUAAAAUCUACCAUAGACUUAACGUGUAAUGACUACAUUUCUGUUUUUGAAUUUGAUGUGUUUACAAGAUUAUUCCAGCCAUGGACAAAUUUGUUGCGGAAUUGGAAUGUACUUGCAGUAACACAUCCAGGCUAUGUAGCAUUCCUUACGUAUGAUGAGGUGAAGGUACGCCUGCAGAAGUAUGUAAAUAAACCUGGAAGCUAUGUUUUCCGGUUGAGCUGCACACGUCUUGGCCAGUGGGCAAUAGGCUAUGUCACCACAGAUGGCCAAAUUUUACAAACAAUUCCACAAAAUAAAUCUCUUUGUCAAGCUUUGCUUGAUGGCCAAAGAGAAAGCUUUUUUCUCUAUCCCGAUGGUCGGAGUAUCAAUCCAGACUUAAGUUUCCUCGUCCAGGACUGUCAGGAGGACCAUAUAAAAGUUACUCAGGAGCAAUAUGAACUCUACUGUGAGAUGGGCUCAACUUUCCAGCUGUGCAAAAUAUGUGCUGAAAAUGAUAAGGAUAUCCGCAUAGAACCUUGUGGUCACCUGCUUUGUACUCCUUGUCUUAACCAGUGGCAGGUAGGGCAGGACGUUGAAGGUGGACAGGGUUGUCCAUUCUGUCGUUGUGAAAUCAAAGGGACAGAGCAGGUGGUGGUUGAUCCUUUUGAUCCAAAAUCUUUGUGUAAGUUGAACGAAUGCCGAGAAAAUCUCAUUCAGGAUGAUGAAGAUGAUGAGGACCCCUGUCAGAGCACAUCGAAUUUACAGGCUCUAGUUGUCCACCCAAAGGACCAGUAUCGCGAUAAAUCCCCAUUCGGCUCUCCAAAUGCCUCCCAGAAAGAUGUAGCACCACCCCCAGUACCACCACGGCGACCAUCACCGCUAUCAUCUCCUUUACAUUCACCAAAUUCUUCACCAAAACCUCCCAGUCGUCGCCAACUUCCUCCGACUCCCUCCCGUGAUGAUGAGGAUGAUGUCACCCUUGUAGUCUACAAAGCUCCACACUCGGCACACAACAGUAUACAACGGCUGGGCACUACAGUCGACAGUACAGGAAGCAAUUCAGGGAUUUCCUAUGCUCAGCUGUGUUACGAACUGUCGGUUGAUAUGAGCCCUGACUACACUUAUGACAAACCUCAUUGCACAAUAGCAAGAGGUGCCCCUGAUGGCUGUUCAAGUUAUAUAAAUUUCCCAAUGUCUGGAGGAAACUCUAAAAAGAUCCCACAAAGGGCUGGGGAAAUGGAAUAUCCUCCACCAAUUCCACAACAUAGACCGAAACCAGAUGAAGCCCCACCAAAAAUAAAGUCCGAGUGCCAUCACAAGGCUGGUGCUGUCCCGAUCCAGCGCGAGCGACUCCGGGAACGACAGGACAACAACAAAGAAAACACAGAGACAAGUUCAUACAACAGCAUCAACCAGGAGUUUGUGGAGGAUUUAGUGUCGCGUGGCUACGAUAAAGUCCGGGUCGUUGACGCACUCCGAGUAGCACGCAACGAUCUCAAGAUGGCUGAAGAAAUUCUAGAGACUUUCGUCAAACGAAAUUAGUGCAAAAAACUGUUGCACUUACACAUGCGUACGGCAGGGUGGCUGGGACACAAAACAGUUAACGAUACUACACGCCCACACAAUCACACAGCUCUGUAUCUAUGUAUGUAUGUGUGUAUAUAUAUAUAUAAGUGCAAGUGCGUGUGUGUGUGUGUGUGCGUGCGUGUAUGCAUGUAUCCAUUUGUGUCGACUACGUGUGUGUGUGCGAGUGUGUGUGUGUGUGUGUGUGUGUGUGUGUGCGUGCUUGUGUGUAUGCGUGUGCGCACGCGCAUGUUGACAUGCACACACGCACACACAUGUGCAUGUGUAGCUGUACAUAGAGAACACCCACACUUUGGCAGGUGUGGGCAUGCAUGCAAGUAUGUGUGUGUGCAUGUGUUAACGAGAGUAUAUACAGACUAUAUAUAUAAAUAUAUAUAGACUAUAUAUAUGUAUAUACACAGACUAUAUAUAUAUAUAUAUAUAUAGAUACUAUAUAUAUAUAUAAAAAGAGAGACUAUACAAACUAUAUAUAUAUAGAUAUCAUAUUGAAUGAAUACAAUAACAAUAAUAAUAACAAAAUAAAGAACAAGCCCAGUACUUCAAAGCUGGCAGUUUUCAAAUGUAAAUCCAGAGAUGGCCCCGGUUGUCAUGGUGAUGGCCUUUCUUCCUGAACUCCCCCCUUUUCUCCUAACAAAAGGUAUCAUUAUAACCUGCUGCCAGUUUUGCUGGUUGGUUUUCUUACUACACAUCCUCCUCCUCCUCCUCUACACAUUUCAGGCCUUGUGCCAAUUUAAGAAAUUACUAUUAUUAUUAUUAUUAUUAUUAUAAUUAUUAUUAUUAUUAUGGAAGAACAAAAAGGCAGAGAACUCCCUUGACCACCCAACCACCCACUGUUAAUUUUUGCCUUUCAUUGUUCCAGGAGAGGGUUUGGAGUGUCCUCGAACUAAUAAAAGUAUCAGUUAUA